AUUUACGCUUUGCCACACAUUCUCAACUUCCACUUCACUAUGGCACACUUUCAUCUUCAACAAGUUUUCUCUCUGUAUUAAAGUCUAAAAUACCCUUUUUUUGUUGAAACAAUUAAUACCAUCGACGAAGCUUCUUUCAACGGCUCUCACAGUCCCUUUUUCAUGUUUUCAGACUCUCUCUCACUUCUCUCUCCAAUUCUCUCAUCAAUCUCCGCAAACUGUUCUCAUUCAUCUCUAGCCCCAAUCUGAUAAUCAAAUCCAUCUUUCAAUCUCUCACACGGAGAAGUCCCAAACCUUCCUCUACGACGGCGGCGCUUCCACCGUGCUCUUCCUCCUCCUCCGCCGCCGACGCUUCAACUGAGGUUCGUCGGAACCGCUACAAAGUAGCGGUGGAUGCAGAAGAAGGAAGACGGAGGAGAGAGGACAACAUGGUUGAGAAAAGUAAGCGUGAAGAAAGCUUACUUUUAGAAGCGUCCUGAAGGUCUUCAAGCUAAUCAGCUACCUCAAUUCUCUCAUUCUUCUGUUCCUGCUUCAUCAACUGUUGAGAAGAAGUUGGAGAGUUUGCCUUCAAUGGUUGGUGGUGUUUGGUCAGAUGAUAGAAGUUUACAGCUUGAAGCAACUACUCAGUUCCGGAAGUUGCUUUCUAUUGAGCGUAAUCCUCCGAUUGAAGAGGUGAUUCAAGCUGGUGUUGUGCCUCGGUUUGUGGAAUUUCUCACGAGAGAGGAUUAUCCACAGCUUCAGUUUGAGGCUGUUUGGGCAUUGACGAACAUUGCUUCUGGGACUUCAGAGAACACAAAGGUGGUCAUUGAACAUGGUGCUGUUCCGAUUUUUGUUCAACUCUUGGCUUCUCAGAGUGAUGAUGUUCGUGAGCAGCUAAUAUAUGUGUCUAUGGUUGGUGACCAGUCAUCGCAAAAUCGAUGCACUUGCUUUAACGACAACAAUGAUAGCUCUUUCGACAAUGAAGUAUGUUUGGAGCUGAUUCCAGCAACGGUUGAUCUCGAAAGCUAUGUUAUGUGGGAGAUGGUGAUGGCGAUCAAGUCAAUUUUUAUUGAAGAUAUUAGUUCAUUAAUGAUAUUUCUAUAGAUGGUCAAAACUAUAUUUUGUGUAAUAUUCUAGGAAAUCAUAUAUACAUGACCUUGUGGAUAGAAUUUUAUUUCUCGAACAUAUGAACUGGAUUUUAUGGUACAAAAUUACCAUGACCAUAUAUAUAUAGACUUAAUUUCAUGAACAUAUGAACUGGAGUUUAUGGACUCGUGUAUCAAUCUUGGAUUUAUUCUCAUAGCUA